UAUCUGUAAAUGGAAUUUUAAAAAAGGAUAGAGUUAUGCUUCUUACUUAACUAUUGCUCAUGGAUGUAAAAACACGUUGACAACUCUAAUGAUAAGAUGGCGAGCUAGUAUGUUGAUGGUUAUUUUAAGAUUAUUUUUAACCUGAGUGUAGGAAGACUUUUAAUUUAAUAAACUAAUAAUUUAUUCAUGUUAUUCGACCUUUUCAUUAAUGUGCCAUGAACCCAUUUGAUUCAACGAUCGAAUCUAUCCCAGAGAUUUCUAAGAUUUUUGAUGAAGACUGCAAUUGUACUGCUAUUGAUAAAACUAUCGGGGAAUUUUGCGGCGAAACUGAAACUUUAAGAAUUAUCAAUGAGUUUCAAAAAUUAUACGAAACUCGUAUUGAAAAUGUUGAUCGAGAGUUCGAAAAUGAAUUUGAUCAAGUUUGUAUGAAAUUAGAAAUAUCAAAAGAAUGGAUAAAAAAUUUAAAAGAGCAAAAUGUUAUGCUAGUACAAGUAGUAGAGGAUUUAGAGCAAGCUGCUUGUAAUAGAGUUAAAUUAUUGGAACAAAAAUUAAAACAUUCAUCAGUGUUAGUUUCUGGGAAUAUGUCAAAGUCAAUGAAUACAGAAAUGACUAUACAUACACUUUCAAAUCGUGUAAGUAUCUUAGAAAAAGAUGAAAAAUAUAUGCAACAAAAAAUAGAAUUUCUUCAAAGUGAUAUCAGAGGAUUAUUAGAACUAAUACGACGUGCAGUGCAAGAAAAUCAUUGGAAUUUAGAUGAUAUAAAAUUCUUUGAAAUUCAACCUAGUGAUAUACCUGUCCCCACUAACUGUACCUGUGAUCAGGGAGAUAUAAGUCAUAAAAAGAUGCAGUCCUUAAAAUUGCAAAUCAAACAUCUUCAAGAAAAUGAAAAAAGAAUGAUUGUAUAUCAAAAAGAGUUAGAGGAUAAAUUAAUAGAUCUUAAUGCAAAAUUGCAAACAAAAGAAGAUACUGUUAAAGCAUGUGUUUCUCAAUUUCAAAAUCUUAGUGACAAUCUUAGAAAACAUGUUAAAUUUACUGAGCAAAUUGCAUGUAGCUCAUUUAUAGUAAAUGAUCAAGAACCUGUUGAUAUCUUUAAAACUUUUGUUGCUAUCCAGAUUAUGUUAGUGGCUGGUAUUGUGGAAAAACUAUUCAUUGAAAAAGAUCUAGAAACAAAAAACUUGCAGGAACGCUUACGUGACGCGGAAUCUAAUUUGAUAAUAGUAACUCGUAAUAGCGAUAUAAGUUUAAAUAAUUUAAAAAUUCAGUUGAAUGAAAAGUACAAGACAAUUCAAGAAAUAGAGCAGCAAAUGGUUAAUCUACAAAAAGUUUGUGCUAUUUGCUCGAAUGUAUAUUUUAUUGAAUCAAUAGAGAAGCAAAUUGUCUUAACAGCAGAAGUGACAGAAAGAAACGAAGUAGUAACGUCUCUGCAAAAGCAAGUAGCUAUGUUACAAGAGCAAUGUCGUUCUACAAACAUGCAAAUUCAUUUUAAAGAAGGCAUUAUUAAAGAAAUGCGAAGAAAAUUAAGACAAGCUAAGUUUCUAUAUUCUAACUUCUUUCCUUAUACUUGUAAUCGUUAUGACAAAGUUACUAUUGACAAUCAAGAAAUGGAAUCUUUUUAUAAAUUAUGUGAGAAAAUUAUGAUACCAAAAAUGAUGUAUACAUCUGCUGAGCACAAUAAUGAUUCGUUUUUGCAAACUUACAUUAACAAUAUUUUAAAUCAUAAUAAAUUAACAAAAGAUGAUGUUAAGAGGUCAAGGAAUCCUACAAAUCAACAGAAUCAAAUUUUAUUAUAUUUGAGUAAAGUAAAAUCAUUCAUGGAACAAGAAAAGGAAGACCUCUUUAAUUUAAAGAUAGAAUUGGAAAAAACUGUAGAAAACUUAUGCAGCAGAAAAGAUAAAGAAUACGAAACGAUUGAUAGUGAAAAUAAUGUGGAUAAUAUAAGGUAUAAAUUAGCUAAAAAUAUUGAAUAUGUGGACAAAAUACAUUUAAAAAAGGAGGAAUCAAUUGAAAUAAUUAAUUCUUUACUCCAAAUGGAAAAUAAUCAUCUUUUUCAUGUAGAAGAUCUUAAUUGCUUACCAAGCACGGACAUUAACCGACGGAAAUUAAUGGACAUAUUCAGAGCAUGUAUUGUUGAAGCACAACUUACUAUGGAAGAUAUGAAAGAUGAAAUAAAUAUAAUUGUUUCUUCAUUUAAAUGUAGACAUCAAAAGUAUGUUGAUUUGAAUAAAGAAGUUAUGAAUGUACAAAAUCAGUUAAUAAAAAGUCGGGGGAUAAUAGCAGAAGUAAUUAAUGAAUUACAAUUACAAGGAGAAGAAAGAAUAAGACACAAUGAUAGAAUUACUUCAAGAAAGAAUAAAUUAAAAGACAUAAAAAAUGAAAUAAAUCUGUCCCAAUCCCAAUUGUCAAUUUAUAUAAAUGAAAUGCAGACCAAUGAAAAUAUAUCUAGUUAUGCAGAAAAUGUAUCCAACUACGACCUAUUAUGUUCAGUAAUCGAAGAAAUAGAACAAACAUCAUCUAGUCUGCAAAUAUUUCAAGUUCAAGGAUGUUGCAUAGUAAAAGAGUUUGAAAAAAUGAAGAACCAAUUUUGUGAAGUAGAUUCAUCUACAAGGAAAUUACAAGAAAAAAUAGAUGAAGCAUUGACAGAACAUGACAUAGUAGAAUUGACACUUUCACAAAAAGAACAAAAAUUACAGAAGUUAGAAGAAGAAGUUGAUGUGAUUCAUUUAAAAGUAAAAAACGUGUUGGAAUCAUUUUUUUUUCCAAAAGAACAUGUAUCUGAUUAUAAUAUUAUGGAGGCUCAAUUAUAUACACAAAUUUUAAAUGAGAUACUGCAAACUAAACAAGCUGUAUAUAAAUUAAGGAAAGAAUAUGAUGAAUUAAAAUAUAAGUUGUCACAAUCAUCACUCCACCCUGAAUGUGAUAAGAAAACAUGUUCAUGGAAAUGUAGAGUAACUGACUUACAAGAUCAAGUUAAAAUACUACAACAUGAGGCAAAGUGCAAUGAAGAAGCAAACAAUUUUUUAAGAAAUAACAUUCAAUCAAUAGAAGAGGAACUGCAUAUAACACAAACAAAAGCAGAUAAUUAUAGACGAUCUCAUUCCAUAGAUAAUAUGAAAUUAAAGAAAAAGAUCAUAGAAUUAGAAAAUACCCUUAAAUUUCAAAAAGAAAUUGAAUGUACUCUUCAGCGGCAAUUGAAUGAUAGCGAAAUUGAAUUAAAAAGAUCUAAAGAAUUAUUAAAUUCUUCUCACAAUGAACAUAGCAUGGAAGAAACUUUGUUACGGUAUGGCUGUUAUCAGUUCAGAUAUGACACAAUGACUGCACCUCAGUUAUUUAAAAAACUGCAAAACACCAUAAAAUCAACAAAAACUGGCCUUCAAGAACUUAAAGCAGAAUUCAAAAAAUUGAUUUGUGAAGACUCAUCUAAUAGCUGUUCUUCUGCAAAGACAUUAAUGAAUUUACUAGAAAAAUUACAGAAGUAUGAAAAUGAAUUAGAUAAUUGUACCCAAGAAAUUGAAGAACUCAAGAAUACAUUGUAUUCUAAAGAUAAGCUUAUAGAAAAUAUGGAUGAAAUUAUUAAAAUCCAAAAGGAUUCCAUUGUAAUGACACAAGCUGAAUUAAAAGAACUUCACAAAAAAUUUCAAGAAAAGAUUGAUAAUCAAGAUCAAAUAAUUUCUCAAUAUGAAAAGGAAAAGAAAGAAUUAUUAGAACAGAACGAGCUUCAAGUUCAAACUAUUGGUCAUUUACAAAAUGCUGUAGUGGAAGCUAAAAAAUGUAUAGAUCAAAUGGGACAUAGAACAGUGAGUGAUAUGAAUGAACAAUGGCCUACAAUUUCAUCUGCAGUAUACAGUCAAAGAAACGUGCAUGAUGUUGAAAACAAUCGAACAGUUUGUAAUUUACAGUUUGAAGAAAAAAUUGAAGCUAUUCGUUUACUCACAGUGUAUGCAGAAGAAACUCAAAGUCAAUAUAAUGAAUGUUUUGCAGAGGCAGCUAAACAAGAUAAAUUGUUAGAGCUACAACGAGAUGCAAUACACAAUCUUCAACAAAAAAUUAGUAGUAUGGAAUACGAUAACAACACAGCUAUUACUUUCAUCCAUAUCACAUAUUAUUCAAUUUUAAAAACAAUACAGGAACAACUGGAAACUCGAGUAAAUGAAAUUGAAGCUUUAAAAAAUGAGAGAGAUACUUUAAUACAAUCAAAAUGUUACUUGGAAAGUAAAUAUUUGAACACAAAAAUGUUAUGGCAAGAAGCAGAAGGAAAAUUGCUGGAAUUAAGGAAAGAAACGUUGAAGAUUGAACAUAAAACAAAGAUUACUGAAGAUAAAGGAUGUCAAUAUAAAAUAGAAGUUAAAGACAAAAACUGCACUACUCAAGAUAUAUUUGAUUGGAGUGACUUAACAUAUAAUAAUACGGAACAAUGUAAAAAUUUAUCACAUGAACAUGACUUGCAAUCAGAAAUUGGAAUUUUAAUUGGAGAAAACGAAGAUAUGAAAAGACAAUUACAAAAAUAUAAAUUGGAUUUUGACAUCAUUGACAAAGAACUGAAAACAGAAAAAGAAAGUGGUACUUAUGUUCAACAAAUUUCAUUUGAAUUACAAAAAUUAAGAGAUACAGAGUGCUGUCUACAAUAUGAAAAUGAACAACUUAAAUGUGAUUUAAAAAAGCAAACUAUCGAAAUAGAGGACUUGUUAGAAAAGUUACAGUUAUCUCAGGAAAAUAACACAAAAUUUGAGAAAUUGUUAAAGAAAUUAGAGGAUAGGCAGAUACAGAUUAAUGAUUUAUGCAGUCAGAUUGUGAAUAAUGAAAUUGUUAUAAAAAAACAAACAGAAAUCAUUGAAGAACUUGAAAAAAAGUUAGAUAUAAAAAAUAAACAAAUUAAUGCAUAUUUAUCUGAAUUAAAUGAAGCAGAAGAAGAGAUGUCAACUUUACAUGAAAGGAUACAAUCUUUGAAAACAAUGUUAAAGGAAAAAUCAGAUGAUAUGGCUAAAUUGCAGGCAGAUUAUGAAGUGAUGAAAAAUGAGAAUUCUAUAUUGAAGAUGGAGAAUAGCAAUUUUGAGGAUAAAACAAAAGAAGAUAUUUGCCAAUUAAAAGCUAUAUUGAAAGAUCUUCAAAUGCAAUUAUGCUUCACUGAAGAUAACUAUUGCAGAGUCACUAAAGAUUUUAAUAGAACACAAGAACAAUUAAUCAAGAUAACAAAACGAGAAGCUGAUUUACAAGAAUGUUUAACAAAUAUGGAAAUGGAUUAUUGCCUAAAACUAUCAACUAUAGAGAAAGAGAAAACUAUACUUGGAGACUGCUUGGAUAAACUUAAAGAUGAAUUAGAAGAAAUUCAAAGAAACUAUUCAUCAAAAAAUAGUGAACAUUGCAAACUGCAAGAUAUUUGUAAGUCUUAUGCGGAACAAUUACAUAUUUUACAACAACAGAUUGAGGGAGAAAAAGAGAAAAUUAAGCAAAUGGAAGAAUCAAAUCAUUGUAUAGUGCAGCAGUUACAGGAAUACAAGGAACAAAAUUGUAAUCUUAUUAAGGAAAAAUCGAUAAUAGAACAAAAUAAUUGUGAAAUCAUUUCAGAGUUGCAAGAGACACACAAAUCCUUGUUAGAUUUAAAAAAAGAGUGUCAGCUAAAAAAUAAAUCAUUGGCAUGCAUAUCAGCAGAAUUAACAGAAACGGCAAUGAGUAGAUCGGAACUUUGUAAUCAGUCGCAAUAUGUCGUUUCUUGUAUACGUGUUUGGAUGGAAGAACAACGAGAAUAUGUAAACAAACUUAGUACGAAAUUGAAAUCCCAACAACAGGAAUUAGUACAACUUGAAUUUGAAAAGAGAGUAUUAGUAGAUGAAACAAGGAGAUUAAAACAUAUGAAUCAUGCACUAAUACAAAGACUAAAGCGGAUACAUAGACAUGGUGGGAGGAAUGUUAGAAAUGUUUGUGCAGGAUGUCAAAUAUUACCAAAAAAUAUUGAUAUACAUCUUCCUACAAGCUCCAAAUCACAGAAGAAACUAAAUCUUACAAGGACAGCACAGCGCAUGUCAGUGUGUAGUAACGGUUCGUGGUUCCCUAAAAUGAAAUAUUUAGUAAACGAGUUACGAAAAAAUAAUGUAGAAUGUAGUGAAAACUGUUUUAACAGGAUGAAUACAGAUCUAGGGGCAGAAGAAAACCACGAUUGCGGUUACCAAUCAUCUACCAGUAAAUGAACAUAUAUAGAAAGUUAUGACUACUAAAAAUGAACUAAUCAUACUUCUUAACGGACAUAUAAACAAAUUGUUAAUUCAUCAGACUUUUUUAUAUUAUUUACUAUGUAAUAGAAGUUCUUCAUAUUUAUAUGCGUGAGUCAAUUUAAAAAUAUAAACUUACAGCUAGUAAAUAAUUCACUUGUCAAUGUGUACUUUCUUUAUUAAUCUUUCAUAAUUGAAUCUUCUGGAGUACGUAAUUUUAGAGUAAAAUGAUACUUUGUAUGACACAGAAUAUGCAGCAAAACAAGAUUUUUUAUGUAUGCUUUGUGAAAUAAUUUAAGUAAAAACUUGCACUCGUUUAUAGUAAAUACUUCCAGACUGUUUGGAGGAUACUAAAAAUUACAUAUUACAGACUUUUACAAACUUUUGCUCAUCUCUAAAGAUCUAUCAUUAUAUGCUAUAUAUAUAAUCUGAUAGAGAAAUAUACAAACCAAAACAACAUGUAGUAAAAUGCUUUUAUAAAAAAACUGGUGGACUUUUUGAGCUGUCCACCAUGGAUAAGAAAGAAAAAAUAAAUGUGUUAAAUACACGAUCCCCAAACAUGCAGAAAUACCUUUUUCAGUGAAUAAUUUUAGCCUAAAAUACAAGUUCAUAAAUAUUCAUUUAGAUAUGGAUUAAGAUUAACUUUUUAAAAUUGUAUUAUAUAUCAAUUACAAAUUUUAAAGAGAAAACAUUUUUUAUAAAUUCAACAUACUCAAAUACCUAGUAAGCUUGAAGAAUUCCCAUAAUAUAUUUAUAAAAACAGUAUUACUUUUCCCUGUAGUCUCAUUUAACAAUUUAUUUUCUGCAAAAGAAAACUGAUAUUAUUUUGUUUUACACAUAUAAUUGCUAUUUAUCAAAGUAACAUUUAUAUUUAUUUACCAAAAAAAGAACAUAUCAGACGCUUGUUUUCUUGAUGCUUUUUAAGAUAAAUUAUAUCCUCUUCUGUAAAAUAUUUCCAAAUACAUAAACUUGGCUGCGGUGAAUCAACAUAUUUACUAUGAAGAGGAUUUUUUGAAUAAACCCACGGUCCGCACAAAUCGUCAUAAUCUACAUUUGAUUCGAUUUGAAUGUCCGACUGGAUUCUCUGUAAAGUUACUUGAAUUUUCGGUAUUAUACGUUCUGACAAAGUUGACCACUUAACAUUUAUAAUUGAUUUCGACUGGUCUUUUUGACCGUUGGUUUCUGUACGAUCUUCUGUUAUGAAUUGAUAUGACAUUAUCAAAUAUUAUUUCUACCGCAGAACAAGGUAUGUAUAUUUAAAAAUCAGAUACAUAUAAUAGUUAAAUUAUGAACAUUUAAAUUGAUAGAGAAAAUCAGAUUUGAUAAAUCGAAUACAAACUAACGGUUUGUGUUGAUCGUGUUUUCUUUCACUAUAUAUAUACUAAUAUUAACAUAUCCUAAGCAUAAAAUAUUAUAUACAUUAUAUAGAAUAAUACAUAUAAAUGUUAAUAAGCCUACAAUUUCAUGUAUUAUCUUUUAAUAUUGUUAAAAUAAUUUAUGUAAAUCAAUGCAAACGCCAUUAAGAAUCAUAUACAUUUUCAACCACAGAAUAUCAAUAACAUAGAAAUUUAAUAGAGAAUAAUUUUUAAAAUCGUAAUUAUAUUUACUACGAUGCGUUAGUGUGAUUAUAAAAUGUCAAUAUAUGUGCUUAUUAAGUGUAUGUAUAUACGAUAUAUAUAUAUGUAUCAUAUCGGGAAUAUAUAUAUAUAUCGUGUGAGGGUUUAUAUACACAAUAUAUAUAUAUUGCACUAUUUAAAGCUACAAACAUAAAAUAAAAUAUUACAUUUUUCGCUCUUUUAAUUGUAUAAAGGCGAUUAUAAAAUGCAUAAAUUAUUUUGCUUAAAGAUACAAUAUUUUGAUAAAAAUUUUAAUAAUUUUUAUAUGUAAUUAAUACAAAAUUUACAGCAUAUUUACUUUACAUUUCAAAAGACAAAAUAAAUAAAAACUUAAAUUUCUUCAAAUAUCAAUAUACACUUUCGAAAUGUACAAAAAAUUAACAUAUCUGUCAAACACUGCAUAAUAAUGAACAAAGUGUAUAUUCGUGUAAAUAUAAAUAUUUCUUCAUUUUGUUUAAAGCUAAAAAAUUUGAUAAUGAUUUUUACAUAAAUACCAGAUUUUGUUUUGAUUAUCUAACAUCCCAGUUUUAGAAUUGAAAUUCGUUUUUCUUUUUUUUGUUUUUUACAUGAUGGUACUUGAUAAUGUUUAUUUAGACGAAAUUUUGAAAAUGAUUUAAAUUCAAUAAAAUGUGUAUUGCUAUUGGUAGUUAAAGUUUUAUAAUUUACAAUGUGGAUUAUUUAUUGAACUAAUUCCUGCUUAACAUGUAAAAUUAAACAUGAAGUAUGAAAAACUAUUAUAUAAUAUGAAAUUUUAGAAAAACAGAUAGCUUUUAACAUGAUAAAAACGCUAACCUAAUUAGAUGAAGCAAUUGCCUUUCAAUUUACUAUGAUUUUAUACAAAAUUCGCUCUAUUCUAUCGUAAUUGCAGACUCAUUUAUGUGA